CUGGUACAAAAACUAACAACCCAGAGAGCUUUAGCUCUAGCAGAUCAUUCACAAAUGGAGAUAUCAAGAACAAGACAAGGAGGAGCAGAGGGAAGACACGCGCAUCAAUACAAUGGAAAGCCCCAUGUUGCUGCAGAAUGUGGGACGACGCCGUUUCCGACAUGUUCAUCCUCUGCCUCCGCAUCAUUGGUUCAGCAAAGGCGGCGCUGGGCCAACAUGCCACCCGAGCUGCUUCAUGACAUAAUCCAACGCGUGGAAGCGAGCGAGACCUCCUGGCCUGCCCGCAGGGAUGUUGUCGCCUGUGCGUUGGUUUGCCGGUCGUGGAGAAAGAUCGCCAAGGAGAUCGUCAAGACUCCCGAGCAAUGUGGGUUCCUCACCUUCCCUAUUUCUCUCAAGCAGCCGGGCCCAAGAGACGCUCCAAUCCAGUGCUUUAUCAGGAGGGAAAGGGCGACCUCAACCUAUAACCUUUAUCUUGGUCUGAGCCCUGCUGUGUCUGGGGAUAUGAGUAAAUUGUUGUUGGCAGCAAGAAAGAUGAGAAGGGCAGCAAGUACAGAUUUUGUAAUAUCCUUGGUCGCAGAUGAUUUCUCUCGAGCAAGCAAUACUUAUGUUGGAAAGCUGAGGUCUAAUUUCUUAGGAACCAAGUUUACCGUUUAUGACAGUCAGCCUCGACAGGACACAUCAAUCCAAUCAAAUUGCAAGUCGCAUAGAAGAAUCCACCCAAAACAGUCAUCUCCAAGGGCAUCUGUUUGUAACAACAGUGUGGCCACCAUUUCUUAUGAGCUCAACGUUUUCCGUACCAGAGGUCCCAGGAGAAUGCAAUGCGCCAUGCAUUCAAUCCCCAUCUCUGCAAUUCAAGAACAGGGCAUUGCCCCUACUCCAAUGGACUUCACAAAUUUCCAUGAGUCCACACUGAGCACAAGCGAUUCGCUGGUUUUGAAAAACAAAGCUCCCAGAUGGCAUCAGCAGCUGCAGUGUUGGUGCCUAAAUUUCAAAGGACGUGUUACAGUGGCCUCUGUGAAGAAUUUCCUGCUGGUGGCAGCUGCAGAGCCUUACCAAUAUGUUUCAGCGGCAGAACAAGAUAAAGUAAUUCUACAAUUUGGUAAAAUUGGGAAAGACAUUUUUACUAUGGAUUACCGCUAUCCUCUCUCUGCCUUCCAAGCCUUUGCAAUCUGCUUGAGCAGCUUUGAUACUAAACCGGCUUGUGAAUGA